CGGGAUUGGCCAUUGGUUCUGGAUCUGGACCAAUAGCCGACGGUGUUACAUUCCAGGAUCUGGUAUCAGACAUUUAUAUUGCUUGUAACCACCGAAAACCCGUCCAGACUGCCUUUUCGAACGAAGGCUCAUAGGGCUGUUUAUACGUGUCUCGCUUAGCCCCCUUCGUAACUCUCCGUCAAAAUGCCUAGGGCACCAGCGAACCAGGAAGAUGAGGAUCCCACCCCGUACCUCUUCGUCUCCUUGGAACAGAAACGUAUAGACCAAAGCAAGCCCUACGAUGCCAAAAAAUCUUGCUGGGUCCCGGACGACAAAGAGGGAUUCUUGUUGGGUGAAAUUAGGGGUACCAAGGGUGACCUUGUUACCGUUGGUAUACCCGGUGGAGAGGAAAAAUCCUUCAAAAAAGAUCAAGUUCACCAAGUGAACCCGCCCAAAUACGAAAAAGUCGAAGACAUGGCCGAUUUGACUUACCUAAACGAUGCUGGCGUUUUGCACAAUCUGAAACAGCGCUACUACGCCAAACUUAUUUACACUUACUCUGGACUCUUCUGCGUCGCUAUUAACCCUUACAAGCGUUUCCCUGUAUACACCAACCGUUGUGCCAAAUUGUACCGUGGUAAGAGGCGUAAUGAAGUACCACCUCACAUUUUCGCCAUUUCUGACGGCGCCUACGUAAACAUGUUGACCAAUCAUGAAAAUCAAUCUAUGUUGAUUACCGGUGAAUCUGGUGCCGGUAAAACUGAAAACACGAAAAAGGUAAUCGCUUACUUUGCCACCGUCGGUGCUUCAAGCAAAAAACCCACUGAAGAACAACAGAAAAAAGGUACUCUGGAAGAUCAAGUAGUACAAACCAAUCCUGUACUUGAAGCUUUCGGUAACGCCAAGACCGUCCGUAACGACAACUCUUCACGUUUCGGUAAAUUCAUCCGUAUCCACUUCGGCCCCACUGGUAAAUUGGCCGGUGCCGACAUUGAAACUUAUUUGCUCGAGAAGGCUCGUGUAAUCUCCCAACAAACUUUGGAAAGAUCUUACCACAUUUUCUACCAAAUCAUGUCCGGAGCUGUACCAAACCUUAAAACUAUGUGCCUGUUAUCAAACGACAUAAAGGAUUACUAUUUCGUAGCGCAGGGUAAAAUCACAAUCCCUAACGUAGACGAUGGCGAAGAAUGUACUUUAACCGACCAAGCUUUCGAUAUCCUUGGUUUCACCCAAGAAGAAAAAGAUGACAUCUACAAAAUCACCGCUGCCGUUAUGCACAUGGGUACAAUGAAAUUCAAACAAAGAGGUCGUGAAGAACAAGCUGAAGCCGAUGGUACACAGGAAGGUGAAAACGUCGCCAAAUUGUUGGGUGUAGACACCAUGGCCCUUUACACCGCUCUGGUCAAACCCAGAAUCAAGGUCGGUAACGAAUUCGUCACCCAAGGUAGGAACGUCAACCAAGUGUCCUACUCGGUUGGUGCCAUGUCCAAGGCCAUGUUUGACAGGCUGUUCAAAUUCUUGGUCAAAAAAUGUAAUGAAACUUUGGACACCAAACAGAAGAGACAACAUUUCAUUGGUGUAUUGGAUAUUGCCGGUUUUGAAAUCUUCGAUUACAACGGCUUCGAGCAGCUCUGCAUUAAUUUUACAAACGAAAAGCUGCAGCAAUUCUUCAAUCAUCACAUGUUCGUGCUCGAACAGGAAGAGUACAAAAUUGAGGGUAUUGAUUGGGUGUUUAUUGAUUUCGGUAUGGAUCUGGCUGCUUGUAUUGAACUUAUCGAAAAGCCUAUGGGAAUCUUAUCCAUCCUAGAAGAAGAAUCUAUGUUCCCCAAGGCCACCGACGCCACCUUCGUCGAAAAAUUGAACACCAACCAUUUGGGCAAAUCUCCCAACUUCCAAAAACCCAAACCACCAAAGCCCGGUCAGCAAGCCGCUCACUUCACUUUGGGCCAUUAUGCCGGUAACGUACCCUACAAUAUCACCGGUUGGUUGGAAAAGAACAAGGACCCCCUUAACGACACCGUAGUGGAUCUUUACAAGAAGGGUACCAACAAGUUGUUGUGCGAAAUCUUCGCUGACCAUCCAGGACAAUCUGGUGGCCCUGAAGCUAAAGGUGGCAAGAGAACCAAGGGUUCUGCCUUCCAGACAGUAUCAGCUAUGUACAGGGAACAAUUGAACAACCUGAUGGCUACUUUGAGAGCAACCCAGCCUCACUUUGUCCGUUGCAUCAUUCCCAACGAAUUGAAACAGCCCGGUCUUAUUGACUCUCACUUGGUCAUGCACCAACUGACCUGUAACGGUGUACUUGAAGGUAUCCGUAUUUGUAGGAAAGGUUUCCCCAACAGGAUGGUGUACCCCGACUUCAAACUUCGAUACAAAAUUCUGGCAGCAAGUCAGAUCAAGGACGCCACCACGCCAGAAAAAGCUGCCGCACUCAUUCUGGAUGCAAUCAGUUUAGACAAAGAACAAUUCCGCCUGGGUAAAACCAAGGUGUUCUUCCGUGCCGGAGUUUUGGGUCAGAUGGAAGAAUUGCGUGACGAACGUUUGAGCAAAAUCGUCACCUGGAUGCAGUCCUGGGUUAGAGGUUACCUGUCCAGGAAAGAGUUCAAGAGGUUGCAAGAGCAACGUUUGGCCCUUCAAGUGUGCCAGAGGAACUUGAGGAAGUACUUGAAGUUGAGGACCUGGCCAUGGUACAAGUUGUGGCAGAAGGUCAAACCUCUUCUCAACGUCACACGUAUCGAGGAUGAAAUCGCGAAAUUGGAAGAGAAAGCUGCCAAAGCUGUUGAGGCCUACGAACGCGAAGCCAAAGCCAAAAAGGAAUUGGAAGGAUUGUACGCUAAAAUUUUAGCCGAAAAGACCGAAUUGUUGAACUCCCUCGAAGGAGAAAAGGGAUCCUUGUCCGAAGUCCAAGAGAGAGCCAACAAAUUGCAGGCCCAAAAGAACGAUCUUGAAUCUCAACUUCAGGAAACUCAAGACCGUUUGAGUCAAGAGGAAGAUGCCCGCAACCAGCUCAUGCAACAAAAAAAGAAACUCGAACAGGAAAUUGGCGGUUACAAAAAAGACGUCGAAGACUUGGAACUCAACCUCCAAAAAUCCGAACAAGACAAGGCCACCAAAGAUCACCAAAUCAGAAACUUGAACGACGAAAUCGCCCACCAAGACGAGCUCAUCAACAAAUUGAACAAAGAAAAGAAAAUGAGCGGCGAAAACAACCAAAAAAUAUCCGAAGAACUCCAAGCAGCCGAAGACAAAGUCAAUCACUUGAACAAAGUCAAAGCUAAAUUGGAACAAACUUUGGACGAACUUGAAGACUCUUUGGAACGUGAAAAGAAACUACGCGGUGAUGUUGAAAAGUCCAAGAGGAAAGUAGAAGGUGACUUGAAACUAACCCAAGAAGCUGUAUCAGAUUUGGAAAGAAACAAAAAGGAACUCGAACAAACCAUUCAACGCAAAGACAAGGAAAUCUCAUCAUUGACCGCUAAAUUGGAAGACGAACAAUCUGUUGUUGGAAAGACCCAGAAACAAAUCAAGGAAUUACAAGCAAGAAUUGAAGAACUCGAAGAAGAAGUCGAAGCCGAACGUCAAGCGCGUGCCAAAGCCGAAAAACAACGCGCAGAUUUGGCUCGCGAGCUUGAAGAAUUGGGCGAACGUCUCGAAGAAGCCGGCGGUGCCACUUCAGCUCAAAUUGAGCUCAACAAGAAACGUGAAGCUGAGCUCGCCAAGCUUCGUCGUGACUUGGAAGAGUCCAACAUCCAACACGAAGGUACUUUGGCCAAUUUGCGCAAGAAGCACAACGAUGCCGUUUCGGAAAUGGGCGAACAAAUCGACCAACUUAACAAACUUAAGGCCAAGGCUGAGAAAGAAAAGGCUCAAUACUUUGGUGAACUUAACGACCUCCGUGCAUCAGUCGACCACUUGGCUAACGAAAAGGCUGCCAUCGAAAAAGUAUCCAAACAAUUGCAACAACAACUCAACGACACUCAAGGCAAACUCGACGAAACUAACCGUACCCUUAACGACUUCGACGCCGCCAAAAAGAAGUUGUCCAUCGAAAACUCCGACCUCCUCAGACAAUUGGAAGAGGCCGAAUCUCAAGUGUCUCAACUCAGCAAGAUCAAAGUAUCACUCACCACUCAAUUGGAAGACACCAAGAGGUUAGCCGACGAGGAAAGCCGCGAACGUGCCACCCUUUUGGGCAAAUUCCGCAACUUGGAACACGAUUUGGACAACAUCCGCGAACAAGUCGAAGAAGAAGCUGAAGCCAAGGCCGACAUCCAACGUCAACUCAGCAAAGCUAACGCUGAAGCUCAAUUGUGGCGCCAGAAAUACGAAUCUGAAGGUGUCGCUCGUUCUGAAGAACUCGAAGAAGCCAAGAGGAAGCUCCAAGCCCGUCUUGCUGAAGCCGAAGAAACCAUUGAAUCCCUCAACCAAAAAGUUGUCGCACUUGAAAAGACCAAACAACGUCUUGCAACUGAAGUCGAAGACUUACAAUUGGAAGUCGACCGUGCCAACGCAAUCGCCAACGCUGCCGAAAAGAAACAAAAAGCUUUCGACAAAAUCAUCGGCGAAUGGAAACUCAAGGUUGACGAUUUGGCUGCCGAACUCGACGCCAGCCAAAAGGAAUGCCGCAACUACUCCACCGAGCUUUUCAGACUCAAGGGAGCUUACGAAGAAGGCCAGGAACAAUUGGAAGCCGUACGUCGCGAAAACAAGAACCUCGCCGACGAAGUCAAAGACCUUUUGGACCAAAUCGGCGAAGGCGGUCGCAACAUUCACGAAAUCGAAAAGGCCAGGAAACGUUUGGAAGCCGAAAAGGACGAACUCCAAGCCGCCCUCGAGGAAGCCGAAGCCGCUUUGGAACAAGAGGAAAACAAAGUGCUCAGAAGCCAAUUGGAAUUGUCGCAAGUGCGUCAAGAAAUCGACAGACGCAUUCAGGAGAAGGAAGAGGAAUUCGAAAACACCAGAAAGAACCACCAACGUGCCCUCGAUUCUAUGCAAGCCUCUUUGGAAGCCGAAGCCAAGGGUAAGGCUGAGGCUCUUCGCAUGAAGAAGAAGUUGGAAGCUGACAUCAACGAACUUGAAAUUGCUUUGGACCAUGCCAACAAGGCUAACGCCGAGGCCCAAAAGACCAUCAAACGCUACCAACAACAACUCAAGGACACCCAACAAGCAUUGGAAGAAGAACAACGCGCUCGUGACGAAGCCCGCGAACAAUUGGGCAUUUCCGAACGUCGCGCCAACGCCCUCCAAAACGAAUUGGAAGAGUCGCGCACCCUUUUGGAACAAGCUGACCGCGCUCGUCGUCAAGCCGAACAAGAAUUGGGAGACGCCCACGAACAACUUAACGACCUCGCCGCCCAAAACGCUUCCAUGUCCGCUGCCAAGAGGAAAUUGGAGACCGAACUCCAGACUUUGCAUUCCGAUCUUGACGAGCUCUUGAACGAAGCCAAGAACUCUGAAGAGAAGGCCAAGAAGGCCAUGGUAGACGCCGCUCGUCUCGCCGACGAACUCCGUGCCGAACAAGACCACGCCCAAACUCAAGAGAAACUCCGCAAGGCCCUUGAAACUCAAAUCAAGGACUUGCAAGUACGUCUUGAUGAAGCUGAAGCCAAUGCGCUUAAAGGAGGCAAAAAGGCAAUUGCCAAACUUGAACAGAGAGUCAGAGAACUCGAAAACGAGCUGGAUGGUGAACAGAGGAGACACGCCGACGCCCAAAAGAACCUCAGGAAAUCCGAGCGUCGCAUCAAGGAGUUGAGCUUCCAAGCGGAAGAGGACAGGAAGAACCACGAACGUAUGCAAGACUUGGUCGACAAAUUGCAACAGAAGAUCAAGACCUACAAGAGACAGAUCGAGGAGGCCGAAGAAAUCGCCGCGCUCAAUUUGGCGAAAUUCCGCAAGGCGCAACAAGAAUUGGAGGAGGCCGAGGAACGUGCCGAUUUGGCUGAACAAGCUAUCGCUAAAUUCCGCGCGAAGGGACGUGCUGGAUCCAGCGCCAGAGGACAGAGCCCAGCGCCACAAGGACAGAAUAAACCACGUUUACCAGCAAUGGUUCUGGAAUAAAAGCGACCACGCAGAAAGCCCAAGACAGCGUCCACAAAUGUCAGACGGCGGUCUAUUCCCCCCAAGGUUUGAUCUAGCCCCUGAAAUGGACUACUAAAACUGUGCGCUGUGUUAGAUUUUUUUUAUUUACUUAAAAAAUGAACUCUAAACGCGGCCCUUUGUCAUCCGUCUAUAUAGCCGCGAGUGUAAUUUAUAAAAUAUAACUAAUUGUAUUUUUUAUUUCUUUUAUUUUAGUUUUUCGUUCGUCUCUAUUUUUUUUUUUUUCGAUUUAUAAAUAUGAUUCCGUUGUUUCAUUGAAUAGUGUUUUUAUAUGAAAAAGAGAAAAGCGGAGAGCGGAGGCGAUUAAAGAGACACGUAUUUCCAACAUUUUAAUAAAAACAGCAGCCUUUUGGUCUCCGGAUUUCUCCAAAAUCCAUAUGUAUUUUGUAAAAAGUCCAGGUUAUUAUUAACUAAUAUUUGUAUGUGUGGAUAUGUUGUAUGAUAUAAGGCACCAAAUAAACAAGUUAUAUCGUUA